AUGCUUGUGGUGCUCACAGGACGCCCUCCAGUCUCUGAGGAUGGUGGGGAGUCCAAGCAGAUCACGUCGUGGGCGUCCAACUGCCUGUCAUUGAAUGACAUAGAGAGCCUCAAGGACCCGGGCUUGGAAGCCCCAAGGGAUGCGGUGCAGCGCCUGGCUGAGCUGGCAGUGAGCUGCACCGUGGAGCGUAGUGCAAGCCGCCCAAGCAUGGCGCACAUUGCCACCCAGCUGCAGGCUGUCAGGGAGGAGGUGGCGGGGAAAAAGGAGUUGUGCGCCGCUAUUAAGGUGGAUGCGGAGGUCCAAGAGAUGAAGGACGCUGUUGCGGGUGUGGAAAGUUUUGAGACACAACUUAGAAUGAUUGGGGAUUAG